UGUUACAUAAAUCGAUACUAGAGUCGAUUUCGUGUAGAUUGGAACGAUUUGGCGCCAUUUGCUAUAAAGUUUAAGAACUUUGAGGUGUUUAACGCCUUUAAGGUUUAAGAACAAAAAUCCUGGCCCAAUUCGGCCCAUUUAAUGGUCAUUACCUGUAGAGCGCAGGUGGAUGGAUGGAAUAGUGGUUGUUAUCUGAGGAUCUGAAUUCGCAGAUUAGAGGAUGUAGCAAUGGCUGUGUGGGCUGAUGUCAACACAGGGUUUGAUGCAGAGGAGGAAACUGUUAAUUUUGGAACCCGGACAGUUUCAGAUGACAGUAAUGGACUCUUUGAAACCUUAACGCUGGCAACAAUCCAUCCUCAGGGGGAGGUUGUGAAGAAUCCACAUGUUAUUGCUGCAUCCUUUCUUGGAGGAAGUGUUUGUGUUGCAAUUGAUGGGUUUCUCAUAGUGUUUACUGAUGAAACAUGUUCUCAAAUACACUUCACUUAUGCCUUUGAUUCUCCUAUUGACUGUUUUACUGUGUCAGAUGAUGGCUUGUUUAUCAUUGUUGGUGUUGAAGGUGUUAUUCAUUUCUUAUGCCAUUCCGUGAAAGGCCACCUUCUGUUUUCAAGAUCAGCUUUGCCUCCAGUAAAUAACCAUGAUUUUGUUUUUAUUAAAAUAUUCAUCCAUGCCACUGUGAACAAUCUGUGCGAUAUAUUGAUGAUCGGAAAUUCAGGACAAAUAUUAAGGAUUGCAGGACUUAAUUUUGAAUCAUUAUUGCAAGCAAUUCAAAAAGGUGAUGAUGAAUUACUAACUGAGAUGAUUGACGUCAUCCAGGUUGAAACCAUAAGAAAACAGUGUUGCAAGGGUCAGGUAUUGUCAGCAACACGUGUAACUGACGGUGAAAGUACAAGACUUGUACUUGUGGGUGAUGAAAUUAUUGUUUCAUCAACUGAACCAUCAGUGAAUGAAUCGUGGAUGUUAGAGGAACCGAUAUCAAGGCUUAAAACUAUUAAAGCUAUAGAACAUGCAAGCUUGCUUGUUGGCCUCACUGAAGAUGGGAAGUUGCUUGGUAUGUGCUCACAAACACUUCUUUCUCUUGCACUGUGGGAUGAAAUUCCUGUUCAGGAUUUUGUUCUGCUAGAAGGGGCUUCUGCUGAGAAAGAAACUGACAUUCUUUUUCUUACCCAACCCAAUGAGUAUGGAAAAUGUUAUAUACAUCUAGCCUCAUUACCAGGACUGCACACCAAAUUCCAAUUUCCUGUGUCUUCAGUUACAUUCCUUGUACCAUUGAUGUCAGCUACACAAGAACUGUUGUUCCUGGAAGGAGCUGGGAGUCCAAAUGCUGAGUUCAUAGAUUCUCUUCAUGUUAGAAACAUAGUGGAAAGUCACCCAGAAGACAGAUUUCAUAGAUUGUUACGACGAAAUAAAUUUGAUGAUGCGGAGGCAUUUGCACUUAGAUACAAGCUCAAUGUUGAAUUGGUAUACAAAGAACAUGUCAAGCAUUACAUGGAAUUGCUUCAGCCAUGGCAUUUACCUCAUGAUAGUGCAGAAGAAGUGGUGAAUUUCAAUAAAUUCAUUUGCCUGCUGAACAAAAUCGAAGAUCUUGAAUUUGUUUGUGAGGCUUGUAUUAAAGCACUUCCUGUUAAUUUGACCAGAAUGCAGACACUUCUAGAUUAUGCAAGUGACAGACUGAAGAAAACUGAUAUAAGGAAUUUAAACAUCACAAAGAUAUCGUAUUUGGAGUCUCAGGUAUGGAGCACAUCAGUACGUUUGGACACUUUUAUGCUUCUCUACCAGUCAAAACCAGAGGAUGUGGAGUGGUGUGAGUUUUCACGUGCAGAUCUUUUGAAUGUGUGCAAACAGCAUGUGCAACGGGGUCAGCUCAGCCAGGCUUCGCUCAUAUGGGCCAGACAUUUUAAUAGUUUCAAAUCUGAGCUCUCAGAAGCUUGUGUGAUAGCUCUGCUGAAUGCAAUUCCGGCUGGUGUCAAGGUCUGUAACUUGAUUUCCUGGCUGAAACACUUCAUCCCUUCAGUACUUCAUGUCACUCCACAGUCAGUGCAGCAUGUUGUCAUCUGGGCCAUAAAGUCAAUUAAGUCCUUGGAAGUUAAAAGAGCUACUUGGCCCACAUCAGGGUUGGAUUUUGGAGAGAAGUUACUUCAAACUAUUAAACUGCAAGCAGGUUUCCAUUUAAAUUUUUGUCAGCAACAGCAGUCUGUGAUUGACACUCAUUGCAAGGAACUUACUGAAAUGAUCAGUGCUUUGAGAUAUUUAAAACAGUUGAAAGAGAAUCACAAGAUAGAUGUUGCUCUUGUAGACUUUAUGCAGAGUGAGAAGAGUGAGGUGGUAAACAUUUUACUGGAAAAGGUAGCCCCUGAUGACAUCAAACCAUUGGUGAUUAAUUUUCUCAGCAAGUUCAUGUUGGAUAAUGGUUUGGUAUCGGACACAGUACUGUCUGAAUGUAUGCAUGGUAUUCUCAGCCGCUCAGCAGGUUGGUGGUACUACUAUGCAGAAGCACCUUGGGAAGACACUGUUGCUGCUAUCAUACCGUGCAUCCAUAACCUUGAGGUGCGCAUAAAAUGUAUAAUAUCAGUGCUUAAAAUGGCUCCUGUCCCAUGGAGUUCAACUGUGGAAUGUAUUGCUAGACAGGGCCUGGAAGUAGAUCAUCCUAUGAUUGGUUUGGUUAGACAUGAACAAAAAAUGAUGGAAGUGAAAAUAGUUCAAAAGAAGUAUGGUUUCACAAAACUCUCAGUGGAAAAUUGCAGUCUCUUUGGCUUAAUUCAUCAUAUUCAGUUAAUCUUCAAAAAGGGCAGUGACAGCAUGGUGCAAGAUGCUUUGAAAUUUGCCAAUAUAAGUACAAAGUUGUUAGAAGAGACUUACAUUAUUUGCAUUCAACACUAUCUGGAAGCAGGGAAACAGAAGCAAGCAUUGGAGGUACUGGAUAGCCUGAAGGCUGAGCUGAUCAUUAAAUGCUGCCAGAGGAUAGUUUUCAGGGCUCACAGUUACCUCCAGAACUGUUUGCAUCAGGAUGUUUGUACCUCAUAUAUGGAGGCAUUGGGCUCCCUAGGUUCAAGACUUUCAAAGGCUGCUUGCAUCGUUGGUGAUAAAUUUCUCGAUGAUAUCCCACUUCAAGAAGUUAGAUACAUGCAUUUGCUUCAUUUGGAGUUUGGGAAAAGAGUAUCACUGAAAGAUUACAGUCAUGUCCAGGCAUGUUCUAAAAUAUUAAAGGAAUGUAUACACAAUAUUUUGAGUACAACAGAUGAUCCAUUUGACAUUUACUGCAAAGUGAGAAAAUUGACACUCCUAUUACAGUUACCUGUUGAAGAAGGGCUCUUAGAAAUGGCCCAUAAAGCCAUUGAGUUGGAAAAUUUUUCACUUCUCUGCAGUUUUAUGAGGAAUAUGCAGCACUUUGAUUUUCUUUUAAAAUCUGCAUGUAGGAAACUAUUUAUCAUGGUGUUGCACUGCUUACAAACAAGUUUUACUGCAUCUCAGAAUGGUGCAGCUGUGCAGUUAGUAUAUAGCAUUGCAAGUAACGCAUGUGCAAAGUGCAGUUUAGAUGCCUUACCUUCCUGGCUGGAACUUCUCCAUUGGGUUCAUUGCACACAGUAUCUAACAGCUUCCUAUGAGGAAGGCAGUGAUGUUUUCAAAGUUUUGAAAUCAAAGGCACAAGAUAUUCUGAUCAGAUGGAACUUUACACCUAUUUAUAAAGAUCCUGCCAUUAUUUCUAAUAGCAAUCAAGUAAUUUUAUUCCUAAAGGAAUUGUUCUUCAUGCUGUCUCAUGUACCUGGUCAGCUGGAUAAUAGUCAUAUAACUCUUCAACUGAGAGAACUGACGAGGCAGUUGCAAGAACAGCAGCAUGAUCUACGAGCAGUGAGAUUGUGGUGCUCUAUAAAUUCCUGGGCUCUAUCAGUAUCAGAUGAUUUACAAUCAUCUCCACUGCUCUUGGAAACAAAGCAUGUUGCUUCUGAAUCCAUACAUAUCCUUCUUUGCAAAGUGGUUAUUGCAAGACAUUUGGAUAUAGAAUUAGGCCUUGCACUUUUAUUUGCCCUUGGUACUGAUGCUGCUGUUAAGUGGCUCUGUCGCUCUUUAGAAACCUUCAGGCAAGACUUCCAAAAAUCCAGUGCUGUAGCCCAUUUGGGAGUGUUGUUCUGCAGCCACUGCAAGUUGGACAGCAAGCUUUUUUUAUCUGUUCACAUGAAAUGUACCUGGGCUAAACGAUUUGCUGAACAUGGAAUGAACUGUAUUGAAAUACUUACAUCGACUGCUUCACAACACAUGCACAUACUGCAGUCUCUGAUGAAGUUGAAAAAUGUGGAAGUUUCAUUGGUGGUGGAAUAUUGCAAGGAUUUUGAAUUGGACCUUCAGGAAUGUCUGCUACUGUAUUUGAAAAAUAUUCUGGUGACCUGGGAUCCUGAAUUUGAGAUUGAGAAAACUGUAGAUGGAAAGGAAAUGUUGAUUGUGCUGAACACAGAAACCGAAAUUUCAAGAAAGUGCCAGGAUAUAAUUGAUUUAAUUGAGAAUAAGGAAAGUUUGGUCAAAUGUCUGAAUUUGAUCUUGAAUUCUCUAAACUAUUACAAUUAUGAAAUGUAUAUUUACAUUAUUAAGCUUCUUGAACAACUUUGUCCAUCUCAUAAUUUAAUCGGCAAGAAAAUUCUGCUCAUGUUUCUGAGAGAAUAUGUAAGAGUUCAGGGUCCUAAACAAGAAGAAUUAGACAAAUGGCUUCUUCAUUUCCCCCAGUCACUUACUCUGCCAAAAAUUUCACAGUGGCGUCUUCCAUUCUUGCCAUUCAUGAGGCCUAAACCAUUGCUUGUAUUGACACCAGAGUUAAAUCUUAAGACCUACAAGCAGUGGAUUGAAUUGUCAGCUGUACUUGGAAUCGAAAAAAAUAAUAUAUGUAGUGUUACAGUUCGAGAGACAAUGCGGAUCAGGACGACUUCUACUGACAAGUGGAGUAUUUGUUCGCAUGACUCUUUACUCCUUAAUCAAAUAGAGGAGUGUGUUAAUAACAUAAGUAACUUGGAAAUUGCAAGUGCAUGUAUGUACUUUGUGAUGAAUCAUAUACCCCCAGGUGCUGACCAGGUAGCUGCAGCAAAAUUAUGUUACACUUACACACAGAAGUGGGCCCAAAACAGUGGGGUCAUCAGUGCAAAAGAAUAUCUGAACCGAGUGAAAUUUAGGUAUUUAUGCUUAGCAACAACUCAUAUCUUGCAUCAGUACGAUUUGGGCACAUUCAGUUACUUGCAGCUUGUUCCCAAACCAUUAGAGCUUAUAUCAGCUCUAUACCAAGAUCCCAGUAUUGUUGCUCGGGGUAAGGGACAAAUCGCACAUUUUCCAGACAUAAAUGGAGCAGUGAAAGACUUGGCAUCUUUACAUGAAGAGAACUACAUCAAACUGUGUUUGAACCAGCUUAUCAAGUGGCUGCAACCAAAAGGUCUUCAGCCUAGUCUACUGGAAGACACUUGUGACUUAACAAGACUACUCCAGAAUCACAUAGAAGUUGAUCACAGUGAUGAAGACAGUUUUCACAGGGCUUGUUAUAUCCUGAAGUGCAGUGAAGAAAGUGGUCUUACAAACUACAUGCUAAAGCUUGCAUUUCAACUUGACUCAAGCGAAAAAUGUGCUGUUGCAGUACAAUUGAGGGCACUGAAGUGCCUGAUGGCUGUCUCUUGCACUGAUGCACUGGAGGAACUUACUGGCAGAAAUAUUGGUGACAUUCGACAAAUGUUCCAGAGUCUCCAAUAUGCAAGUGAAUUAGAGAUGCUUGGAUGCAGCUAUUCUUUGCCAGGUUUUGAGUCAUGCAACAAACUGGAAUUAGUGAAAGUUAUAUGGAGUUCACAGAGCAACAGCCCACAAGCCCUUAUUCUAAUUGCUCGCAUAUGUGUGGAUUUUGGAAUUUAUCAGGUCAAUGUCUGGGCAUCACUGCUUCAACAGAUGGCCAAAUAUUCUAUGGUCCGUGAAUUAGAAAUAUUGCUGCUUCACCUAGCAGACCUAGGUCAUAUUCUGAGCAGCAAAGAAUACAUAGCAGCAUGGGAGUCAGUGCUCUUUGCACCAUUCCUCAAGGAUGAACAAGAAGAUGCCUGCAUUCACAGCUUAAUACUACUUCAGUCAUGUCCAAUUCUGCGCAGAGUUAACUUGAAUAUUGUUAUUGAGCACAGCAUGCGGCUGCAUUGGCCUCAUUUGGCAGCAGCGCUUUUACCCUUUUUGGAAAAAGAAGACUUUCAUCUACAGAAGCAGAAGAUACUUAGAUCAAAUGAUGCAGAAGAGCUCAUCAAAAAGUUGAAGGAACUUGCAACUAAAGGUGUUCUAACUGCAGAGAAGGCAAUUCAACUUCUACAACCUGAUGAAGAAGCACUUGGUACUGGAAUCAUCAAUCACAAAAGAUUGGUUCCAAUUCGCAGCUGCAAUACAGAAGAUUCUUAAAGCAGUAUACACCUGUACAAAGUAGCAGUAAAAUAUUAGAAUCCAAAUUGACCCAUCUAACAUUUCAUACCUUCUUUUCAGCAAUAUUGAAAACGUAACCAAUGUUCUUUCAUGGUCCAGUUGUAAACUAUGUUUGAACUUAUGAAUACAUGAGAAGAGUUCAGUAGAAGUCAUUAUUACUGAUGCACUACUCGCAUUGAAUUCACAGGUACUGUUUGGUGCAACUAGUCUUUUAAUCAGCAGAUCAAAAUGCCCAGCAUGUUUCAGCCAUUUAUUGAAACUUAUUCAUAGAUCUAUGCCUCAAUUAAUAUUGACAUUUAAUGUCAAUGUAAUUCACAAUGAUUCACAAUAUAUUUCUCCAAUAUUUCAGUGAACUUCUACAGGACUACAUGGCAUUAUCUUGGAAGAUGUUCCUCUUCGUAGUCACUGCUGUGAGGCCUUCAAGUCCAAAAUAUUAUUCCAUUUGUACAAUUCAGCGAACUCAGCCCAUGAACAACUAAUUUAUUUCUUAACCUAAAAUUAACUUUUUGGUGAUAUUAUUGUAAGCAUUCCUAGAUAUUACCAAAAUGUUUAUGUAUUCUUGUAGAUUUUCACUCAUCCACUUUCACAGGCAGGUCAGAUGUAUAGAUAUUGUAACGUGUUUAUUGCCACUGAAGACGCCAUUCAGAUGUUAAUUGGUUUAUUUAAAAACCUACAA